GCCUUGCUUUGCAUACAGAAUCGACCUCGAAACUCCCGUGGUCCAAGGGCGGCGCUUAUCGCAAUCGCACAGCACGGACCCGCCAGCGCGUUGGCCCGCGACUGGCAAACACUCAACUGAUGUCCCGAGUCGACUCAUGCUUGACAGCGCGAAUGAGAGUCGCUCGGUCCAGCCAAGACGCUACUACAUCAAUGUUGGUAGAUCCCGGCUGAUUGACCCUCCAAAAAGCAAAUCAGACAGCGUGUCUGUGGUCAUGUCCAACGCCAGAAUCGGCAUUGACGAUGAUGACAUGCCCUUCUGGGCUUACGACGUCAUAGUUCACCCUAAAGUAUUUGGGUAUUACCGAGACGAUGCCAAGUACCAAAGUGACCUAAAAUCUCUGAUAUUUGAUUGUGUUCAUGAAACCCAUGGAAUCAAACUGCCGCCUGGAGAGGCCACAACCAUCGAGAAUAUGUACAAAGGUCCUUUUGCCUGGACAGAAACAGGCCAGCCCAAGGAAUUCAAACCCCAACCCGACGCCUCGCUCGAUACGGACCCCCUGGCAACACUCGCGCCCAGCGAUCUGUUGAAGCAGCUGCGGGCUGCUGAACACAUCGCAAACGCUCCACCGAUUCCUGCCAUCUCAGAUGCUCCCUCGAACCGUAUUCAAGAGCGAGCAGUGAUCUCAACCCCAGGGAUCAUUGUUGCAACGGAUUCCCUAACAACGCCUGCGGUAAACAGAGUUCCCGAGAGUGUGUCGCUUGGUGGCGACCACGCUGCAAGCAAAACGUCACAUCAACAGCCCCAUUACGACUUAUACGAUUCCGAGACAGUAUGGAAGGCCCGUGUUCAUCUGCCGGACCAAGCUUGUGCCGACAACCUGCAAGUGGACUGGAAGCCAGAGCGCUGCAUCGCCAUCUCCAGCGGCCCAAAUGAACUACUUCGACUCGGGAUCCCGGGUGACACUCCUCUUGGCCAGCCCGUGUGCAAGUUUAUCAAGAAGACUCGGUGUCUCAGUGUGACAGUGCAAAAGGGCAAAUAGAUCUUGACGCCUUAUCUCG